AUGGAGACAAUGAGCUCUGAUGCAACCAACAAGGGAACCAUGUCGAAAUCGGGGAAGCACAAACAAAUCCAAGUUCAUAUCAGAAAGUCUGGGGGAAAAUCCGGAUUUGAAGUGAAGUCCUGCAAACCAAGCAUUACUGUGCGUGAAUUGAAGGACGAUGUUGUCGCUUCGCUCCAACCGAGCUGGGAGGAAAAUAAUUUUACCCUCAGACCUGAACACAUCCGGCUAUUUCGCGUUGUUGGAGAUACGAUCAUGCCCGUUGGUGACGAGGAUGAUCUAGUAACGUCAGGGGAAAACCCACCCACCACGAUGGCCACAAUCGAGGACGAAAAGAAAGAAGAAUCCCCCGAACCCAAAUUCAUUGCGUUGGAAUAUUUUACCACACUACCCGAAGACUUGUUUCGUACCGUCUCGAUCCGUCAGAUUUCACCAGUGACCUACGCCGCGGAAGGGAAUGGGUGGACCAAAGCCGCUCCUCUAUGUUGCGCAGCUUACACCGAGACAGAAUGGAAGAGGCCUUGGUACGGUACCAAACAAGGCAAUUUCAAGGCCCACGGGGUUUCACUUCGCUCGUUGGACACAUCGGAAACAUCAAUGGCUGGACGACGAAAAGCUUUACUCUCCUUUUGGUGA